UUUUACACUGUGGGAGAGCGAAGUCCGCUGAGCGGCUUCGUGUCCCUGGUCACAUGCUCGGAUCAGCUGAUCGCUUCACAUCCGCCUGACUGGGGAGUGUUUACGUUCACGUUCUGAGCUGCAGCAGCAGAAGCGCGUGAUCUUUACAGGACCCCUCUGUGGGAGGAAACGGCUGAACGCCUGUCCCAGGAGAGAACGCCUGUCCCAGGUGUGAACGCCUGUCCCAGGAGAGAACGCCUGUCCCAGGAGAGAACGCCUGUCCCAGGAGAGAACGCCUGUCCCAGGAGAGAACGCCUGUCCCAGGAGAGAACGCCUGUCCCAGGUGAGAACGCCUGUCCCAGAUUUAAUCCUCAUGUGCUGAGUCCCGUCUGAAGGCCGUUCGAUGAGGAGUGCAGCAUCAGCAGCUUGGCAGUGGCAGUAGCUCUUUGACAUGCAGCACCCCAACUUUGAGACGAGGCACCCCCUCCAGGCUGAGGAGCACGAGACGGGCAUCGACCCCCUGCAGAACUUCAACAGGACCAGGCAGAGGGGUACACUGGAGAGCAGUGGAAGUGGGUCGUUCACGCAGUCAGAGAACAUCUUUCUCUCCUACAGAAAAGAGUGGGAUGAGUUAUUUCUGCACAGUAACUACCUGGCCCGGAUCCGGCAGGCCGGGCUCAACGGCCGGCUACGCAGCAGCCGCUUCCGCAGCGUGUGCUGGAAGCUGUAUCUGGAUGCUCUCCCAGAGGAUAAAAAUCAGUGGAUCAAUAAGACCAAGGAGCUGAGAGCUCAGUAUGAGCGGAUCAAAGAGACGCACAUAACUAACCCCCGAAAAGCUGCUGGGCACCAGGACCUGAUGGUGAACAACCCUCUGUCCCAGGAUGAGGGGAGUUUGUGGAAUAAAUUCUUUCAGGACAAAGAGCUGAGAGGGAUGAUUAGGCAGGACGUCCUGAGAACGUUCCCUGAGAUGCAGUACUUCCAGCAGGAGGACGUGAGGGCUAAGCUAACAGACAUCCUGUUCUGCUACGCCCGGGAGAACGAGCAGCUGCUGUAUAAGCAGGGUAUGCAUGAGCUGCUGGCUCCCAUCGUCUUUGUCCUGCACUGUGACCAUCAAGCCUUUCAGCACGCCAGUGAGACGGCCAGCCCGAGUGAGGAAAUGAAGUCCCUCUUAGACCCGGCGUUCCACGAGCACGAUGCCUAUGCCAUGUUCUCUCAGCUGAUGGAGACAGCGGAACCCUGGUUCUCCAGUUUCGAGCGUGAGGUCCGUAAGGGAAAGGAGGAGAUCAUGACCAGCAUCCCGUUCGCCCGACCGCAGGAUGCCGGUCCCUCUGUCGCCAUAGUGACCAAGGUGAACCGCAUCCAGGACCAGCUGGUGAAGAAACACGACAUCGAGCUGCACAUGCACCUGAACAGGCUGGAGAUUGCCCCACAGAUAUACGGCAUCCGGUGGGUGCGGCUGCUUUUUGGGAGGGAGUUCCCCCUGCAGGACCUGUUGGUCGUGUGGGACGCCCUCUUCGCCGACAGCAUUACCCUGGACCUGGUGGACUACGUCUUCGUCGCCAUGCUGCUCUACAUCAGAGAUGCCUUGAUCGCCAGCAACUUUCAGACCUGCCUGGGCCUGCUGAUGCACUAUCCUCCAAUCGGAGACGUGCAUUCGCUCCUACAGAAAGCCCUGUUCCUCAGAGACCCCAAGAACAACCCACGACCCAUGAACUACCAGUUCCAGCAGAACCUGGACUACUACAAGACCCGCGGUGCUGACCUGGUGAACAGAUCCAGAGCGAGCACCAGGGCCCCGCCCCUCAACAUUAACAAGGUCUCCAGCAGCUUGCUCAGUUUCGGCCGCAAGCUCAUCGCCCCCGCCAUCUUGGCCCCGCCCAGCGCCAUCGCACCGAUCAACAGCGAGGUGGUGUCAGCUCCGCCCUCUGUGAGCCGCACCACGCCCGAGGCCACGCCCAGCCCCGCCCACUCGCACCCGAGUGCGCCCACGCUGCACCACCGCAUGCUGAAGUCUGAGAGCAUGCCUGUGCACCUGAGCAAAGAUGUAGGUUCAUCCGGGGGCACUCAGGUCUCUCUUCCUCCUCAGACCCGUGCCGAUGUCCAAGGCGCGAGCUCCAGGACGGCCAGCUCGUCCACCAGUACGGAGAGCAUUCCUGCGGGGCGGGACUACCCCUCCGCCUCCCCCCCCCUCUCUGCUUCCAAAAAGGACUCCUUCUUCAACAUCUCUCGUUCCCACUCACACAGCAAGACCAUGGGGAAGAAGGAGGCAAGUGAUGACAUCAUAAGCGCUGCACCAGUGUCUGUGUUGCAGGAGGAGGAGCUGGAGGUGCAGGUGUCCUUCCUGCAGGGCCAACUCAAUGACCUGGAGGCCAUGUGCAAGUACUGUGCCAAGAUGAUGAAUGUGCACAUCGGGAAAAUCCAGGAAGUGAUUCUGCAGGAGAAUCUGGAGAAGGAGGACGAGGUGCUGGUGUCCCUGGCUGGGCUCAAACAGAUUAAGGACAUCCUGAAGGGCUCACUGCGGUUCAACCAAAGCCAGCUGGAAGCCGAGGAGAACGAGGAGAUCACCAUCGCCGAUGAUCACUACUGCUCCACCGCACAGCAGGACCAGGACCAGGACCAGGACCAGGACCAGGACCAGGACCAGGACCAGGACCAGGACCGGGACGGCCUCCGAGACGCACCUGAGAGAGACCUACCGCAACCACUGCCUGACCAACAGACUAAGGUGUUGGGGUCUCUGGGCUCGGAGGGGCGGAACUGGGAUGACUAUAUCCUGAUCUCCCAGGACGACGAUGCCCCGCCCGAGCAGGAGGAGAGGAGGGCGGGCCCACCAGGGGGGGCGGAGCCCGUAAGCGCCCCUAAAAGCAGGCGGGGUCACGGGGUGGAGCAGGAGACAGGCCUGUUCCAGGACCCCCUGAUGGGCGCGGCGUCGGGGGGCGUGGCUUCGGGCUCGUCCAGUGCGUUGGGGUCCAGCCCGGACGAUGACAGCACCCACAGCAAGGACUCGGACUUCACCAUCGUCACCCCGGCAGACCUGUGAGCGCCCCCUGCUGGCCUGAGCCGGCCAGCGCUGCCCUGCGUUUGCGCACGUACUGAGCGGGAGUCCAGACCUCCCAGAAUCCCCCUGUGCCCUGUUCAUCGCCCGCCCCGCCCCCUUUUCUACCGCCCCCCAGGUGCCACAUUAGCAUGCUGUAUCUGCCUGUAAGGCUGGGGGUGUGUCCUCAGGCAGCCUCUCCCCCUAAUCUUCUACACAUUAAGCCCCGCCUCCAUCUUGCCUUAACUGCGCCCUCAUCCACCCCCCCCCAGUCCCCAUUGGCCAUGAGUGCCUGGAGAAAUUCUUCAUCCACACUAAUCUCAGCUUUCAUUUCCUCUGUUAAAUCCCUCUUUUUCUUUUUUUCUUUUAGAGAUUUUAAAACCGUUUAUGGGACUGAACCGUUCAAAAGUGAGGAUGAAAAAAAAAAAGAUUAAAUUAUGAAAAGUAAUAAUAGUUUUCUUUUUAAUUGAUUGUGAACAUUUCUAUUUUUUACCAACCAUUUCAUUUACAAGACUGUCCUGUUUUUCUUUCCUUUUUUUUCCGGCCGUUUUCUUUUCUGCCGUGGGUUCCGGUGGUAUGGUAACCAUGGUAACCAUGUAUAGCGACGCAUGUAGGGGAAAAAAUACCGAUGUAGAAUAAAAACAAUGUGACUAACUGUACGGGA